GCCACUAUUUUUUUUUUUUUGUUCUCACCUGAAAAUCCAAAGGUCGAUGAAAUAUUCAUCACAGGCCAAGUUUCUGAAAAGUUUGUCGGUCAGACAGUUCGACAAUGUGUGUGUGAAUCUGUCACCACGUCUGCUUGCACGCGCACGUCCUCUAGAGAUCACAAGCUCGCUGUCGGUGCCACGCAUGCGCACCUGGCAAGACGUAGUGAGGAAUCAAGAAGCGCAGGUGAGCAGCAUGUACACCAGGAACAUGAACUACGGGUGUACACAGGGACACACCCGGGAUUGUUAGACUGUGGCACGUACACACGAGCUUCUAUUGCGGAUCUGUUGCUGUCGUCUGUGAAUAUGUCAUCGAUUCUGCUGGUGUUGCUCUUCUUUCAACUUCGACCUUGUACAGGUGCUGUCUAUGAAGCCCGAAGCUUGGUCCUGUUCAAAGCGGGCAAACGAUGGAAUGAGGCUCGAAAUGUGUGUGCUCAGGGGAAUGGUUACCUAGCAACAGCAGACAAGUAUACCAUGUCCAUUCUGCUGCAAACCAAAAACAAUGGUGUCAUCUCCAUGUGGGACAAUGUUUGGAUCGGACUGCACACCGCUGACCCCGUGUACAACAUGUUAAGUGCUAAAGGCUUUGUAUGGGAGGACUGUCAGAUGCUAGGAGACUGGACCAACUGGCAGGCAGACCAACCUUCAAACCGUUACAACAACUGGUGCGUGCGCCUCCAAUUCUCAGACAAUUUAAAGUGGUAUCCAGAACAGUGCACUAGCCAGGCCCACUUCCUAUGUCAGUACAACAGAGGUAUGUAAAGGUGUCUAUUGUUCUCACCAUGGAAACUGCAUCUGUUGAAAUCAAUCUAUUGAUGAUACGAUUCCAUUGUCCCCUAAAAGGCAACAGUGUGUGA